UGUGCUAAAUGACAGCUACCUGAACACUGACCCGAGAACAGCAUGUAAACGAUAUGAACGCGCUACUUUAAGCCGUUAUGAACGUGUAAAACUGACUCCAGACCAGUGAUUUAUAUGUUUUAUUCCCCGUUUCACUUGUCACGUUUUGUAAACUUGUAACCGCUUCCUUACAUCAGCGGCGGUGCUGUCAAGGUCCAAACAUGUCCCUGAGUGUUUUUCAUCACAGCCUGGGCUGCAGGUUGUUUCACAGUAACGUUAAAGUCUUACAGAAAUGUUCUCGUCUCCAAACCGUCAGAUUCACACACAGUGUUUUACGGAGGGAGACCGGACCGUUUAACACACUGUCACCGCGGAGAGUCAACGGCUGCCUGGUGAAUGUGAGUCAGUGGUUCACCUGCAGAUCAUCACAAUGGUUGAAUCAACGCUGCUCACGAGCGUUUUCCUCAGUACCUCCACCGCCCUCAUCAGGAGGAAAGCCCAAGAAGUCUGGGCCUGUGACGUGGAAAUCUUUAGCGAUAACAUUCGCUAUCGGAGGCUCUCUGCUCGGAGCGAUGAAAUACUUCAAGAAAGAAAAGGAAGAACUGAUUGAAAAAGAGAGGACCAAAUCGAUGGGGAGACCGGCGCUGGGCGGUCCGUUCUCGCUCAUCGAUCACAACAACAAGCCCGCCAAGAGCGAGGACUUCCUGGGCCAGUGGGUCCUCAUCUACUUCGGCUUUACUCACUGUCCCGACAUCUGCCCGGACGAAAUAGAGAAAAUGAUCGAAGUGGUGGAUGAAAUAGACAAAAUAGCAUCUCUUCCAAACCUGACGCCCAUCCUCAUCACCAUCGACCCUGACAGGGACACGCCGGAGGCCAUGGCUGCGUACGUGAAAGAGUUUUCUCCGAAGCUGAUUGGUCUGACGGGGACAACAGCUCAGGUUGAGCAGGUUUCCAGAUCCUACAGAGUCUAUUACAGUCAGGGACCAAAGGAUGAAGACAACGACUACAUCGUCGAUCACACAAUCAUCAUGUACCUUGUUGGACCUGACGGAGAGUUUGUGGAAUAUUUUGGACAGAACAAAAGAAGUGUGGAGAUCACCAACUCGAUAGCAGCACAUAUGAGAAAGUACAAGAAGGAAAAGUGAGCAGCGGCCUUUCCCGUGCUCACCGUCGUGCACUGACUGACUCGUUAACUUAAAUCACUACUGCCUGUAUUUAUUUUGGAUACUGUAUGUUAAUACGUCUGCAGUAACAUUCCUUUUUUAAGGGUUGAUGUGCAGAUGAAAGCAGGUCUGCCGACUGGAUGCUGUCAUACUGUUCUACAUUAUUAUCCAUGAAAAACUGCAUUCACAUAAUUAUGAAUAGCUUGGAAAAGAUCAGAUCUGAUUUCUGAUGUAAACAAGUUGUGAUUUUGUGAUAAAAGAUAAGAAAAGCAAUAAAAUCAGCAGGUUUUUUU